ACGCAGGAAGACACUUAGAGCAGAGGCUGCCGGGAGCGCGCGGUCAGAGUGAGGCGCAGGCGCAGAGCAGAGGCUGCCGGGAGCGCGCGGCGGGGCGGAAGUGGCCGCCCGCCCUGUCCGGCCCUACGCAGGUAGGCGGCAGCCGGCGGGCUCCGGAGCCAGGCUCUCAGUGGGUCCUGUCCAGCGUGCAGUCUGAUGCCCAUCCAGCCCUUUGACCAGCGGGAAUGGAAUGAGCCUAUGCACUCCCUCCGGAUCAGUAUAGGGGGGCUUCCUGUGCUGGCAUCCAUGACCAAGGCCACGGACCCUCGCUUCCGCCCCCGCUGGCGAGUGAUUCUGACAUCCUUUGUGGGUGCUGCCCUCCUCUGGCUGCUGUACUCCCACCAUCAGGCCCCAGUACUGGGCAGGCCCCCCACCCACAACGCACACAACUGGAGGCUCAGCCAGCAGCGCAUCUCUCAUUACAAUGACACCUACCCUCUAUCCCCCCCACAGAGGACUUCGGGCGGGAUUCGGUAUCGAAUCGCAGUCAUUGCUGACUUGGACACAGGGUCCAGGGCCCAGGAAGAAAACACUUGGUUCAGUUACCUUAAGAAAGGCUACCUGACACUGUCAGACAGCGGGGACAGGGUCAGUGUGGAGUGGGAUAAAGACCAUGGGGUCCUGGAGUCCCACCUGGCAGAAAAGGGGCGGGGCAUGGAGCUCUCGGACCUGAUCGUCUUCAAUGGGAAACUCUACUCCGUGGAUGACCGCACAGGGGUCAUCUACCAGAUCGAAGGCACCAAGGCGGUGCCCUGGGUGAUCCUUUCCGAUGGCGAUGGGACUGUGGAGAAGGGCUUCAAAGCUGAAUGGCUUGCUGUGAAGGAUGAGCACCUGUAUGUGGGUGGCCUGGGCAAGGAGUGGACCACCACGACAGGGGAGGUGAUGAACGAGAACCCUGAGUGGGUGAAGGUCGUAGGCCACAGGGGCAGUGUGGACCACGAGAACUGGGUGUCCAGCUACAACGCCCUGAGAGCUGCCGCAGGGAUCCAACCACCAGGCUACCUCAUUCAUGAAUCGGCCUGCUGGAGUGACACACUGCAGCGCUGGUUCUUCCUGCCUCGCCGGGCGAGCCACGAGCGCUACAGUGAGAAGGACGACGAGCACAAGGGCAGCAACCUCCUGCUGAGCGCAGCCCAGGACUUCAGGGACAUCUCUGUGAGGCACGUGGGGAAGCUGGUCCCCACCCACGGCUUCUCAUCCUUCAAGUUCAUCCCCAACACGGAUGACCAGAUCAUCGUGGCUCUCAAGUCAGAAGAGGACGAUGGCAGGAUCGCCACCUAUGUCAUGGCCUUCACUCUGGACGGCCGCUUCCUGCUUCCAGAGACCAAAAUCGGCACUGUGAAGUACGAAGGAAUAGAGUUCAUCUAGAUGAGUGAGCUCGCACGCCCACUAGGGCGAGGGCCAGAGGCCAUGCUACUUAAAAACCAGGAGCGCUUCCACUCUUUUGCUUUUUUCUUAAUUUUAAUAAGGAGCUGUGUGCCUGGCUAGAGAGUUUCAGAGCAGGGAGCUGAGCCCCGGCCCAUAUGGGUGUGCUGCUCGGAGACUGGGAGCAAGGGGUCCUGUACAGGAACCCCAGGUGCUCCGCCCACCCGUGCUCGCUCUGCACUGCCACCUAGUGGUAGGGAUCGAUCACUUACUGCAGGUACCUUUUGAGCCUCUGGCCUUCAGAAAACAGCCAUGCCUUUCCUUCCCUGAUCUCUCUGGCCUUUCCAUGAGUUCUCUGUCCAGUAUGUGUUUUUGAAGCAGCCAGGUGUUAAACCCUCGCUUAACCCUGGGAGCACAAGACAGUCUGAGGUGGGCCUGCCAGAUAGGCACUUGGAGGACCCCUCCUUCCUCCCAUGUGACCCUGGCAUUCCAUAGUCUGCAAACCCCUGGAAAGUGAAUGUUUACAUGGCAGGAUGAGGGCCCACCCCUUGGGGGACCCCUGCCCACGCUCUGAAGCUAGCCACUCUAGCAGGGAUUACUUGCGAGCUGUUCAUAACUUCACUUCUCCCCUCAGGAGGAAUUUGUGCUGUACAGCCUUUUAAAGUCUGAAUUAUUAACUUAUUUUUAUUAAAGCAAUUUCUUUUCCUGAAGAACAGAGUCACCAGACUUUAUCGCACAGUGAGGGUGGAGUUCCCACAUCUACUUCCAGAGCAAGGGAAUUGUCCCCAUGGCCACAAUGGCGAUACUAGCUUUUACAGAAAGGGUCUCAGGAUCCUUGGCCUCUGCCUUCUAGCAACUUCCAAAAGCUGCCAUGCUUUCAUCUCUCAGCGGUGGCUGAGGAGGGACUGCGCCUGAAUAGAGACUGGCCCUCGAUGGCUCCUGGGGGGGGGGGGGGGUUAGCAACCUUCUCUCCAGGGAAGCCUCUCUGUUUUCUGCUGUCCUGUUCUGUCCAUGUUCAAGAGUCAGGCUCAGAGGUUGUUCUGUAGGUAGCAGCACCUUAGCUGCCUACAACACCCUUAGAAUAGGACACAGGUACUCCUGCGGGCACAGGGCCCUGAUGACCAUCACAAACCCCUUCCACAGAAAGCUAGGAGAGCCACUGUCACUGGGGCCUGACUACCCUCAGUCCAACGGGCUGUUACUGACUUGUGUGCUGAGGUCAUGGUGUUCUGUGGUGCUGAGAGCUCAGCCAAACCUCCUCGAUGUAUGUCAGUGUGUUAGGUUGUGUGAUUCUGAACUGAGAGGUGAAAUGAAAGAGGAUGAGAGACCCGGGGCCUCACUGAGGAACCUUCCACACACCUUCCUUUCCCUAAUUUGAGCAAUGAUUGUGUCUUUCUGUUUGUUUUGUAAACAAUAAAGUGUCAGGGGAAUGUA